GCCGCAGAGCGCGACGCUCCCCUGGAGCUGCGGCUGCCAGGUCUGGGGAACUGAAGCCCCUGGCAGACUAUGGGUACAACGGCAAGCACAGCACAGCAGACAGUCUCGGCUGGCAGGUCCUUGGAGGGUCUGCAGGGCAGCGGCAGCAGCAUGGACGGCCAGCAUUCCCUCAGUGUGCAGUCCUUUCAUGCCACAAGUUUACACAACAGCAAGGCCAAGUCCAUUAUCCCCAACAAGGUGGCCCCUGUUGUGAUCACGUACAACUGCAAGGAAGAGUUCCAGAUCCACGAUGAGCUGCUCAAGGCCCAUUACAGGAUGGGCCGGCUUUCAGAUGCCACACCUGAGCACUACCUGGUGCAGGGUCGCUACUUCCUGGUUCGUGAUGUCACCAAGAAGAUGGACCUACUGGGUACCUUGGAGAGCUGUGGGGCUCCUAACUUCCGGCAGGUUCGGGGCGGGCUCCCUGUGUUUGGCAUGGGACAGCCCAGCCUCUUGGGGUUCAGGAGGGUCCUGCAGAAACUCCAGAAGGAUGCGAUCAAGGAGUGCAUCAUCUUCUGUGUACGGGAGGAGCCUGUGCUGUUCUUGCGCGCUGAGGAGGACUUUGUGUCCUACACACCUCGAGACAAGGAGAGCCUUCAUGAGAACCUCAGGGACCCUGGGCCGGGGGUCAAGGCUGAGAAUCUGGAGCUGGCCAUCCGGAAAGAGAUCCAUGACUUUGCCCAACUGAGAGAGAACGUGUACCACGUGUAUCACAACACAGAAGACCUGCAUGGGGAGCCGCACACGGUGGCCAUCCGAGGUGAGGAUGAUGUGCACGUGACCGAGGAGGUGUUUAAGCGGCCGCUGUUCCUGCAGCCCACCUACAGAUAUUACCGUCUCCCCUUGCCGGAGCAAGGGGCCCCCCCAGAAGCCCAGUUUGAUGCCUUUGUCAGUGUUCUUCGGGAGACCUCCAGCCUUCUGCAACUCAGAGAUAACCACGGGCCCCCCCCUGCUCUCCUGUUCAGCGGCCAGUCAGGUGUGGGCAGGACCAACCUAGGCAUGGUCCUGGGUACCCUCGUCAUGUUCCACUACAGUCGAACCACCUCACAGCUAGAGGCAGCCUCCCUGCUGAGCAAACCCCUGCCCAUGGAGCAGUUUCAAGUGAUCCAAGGCUUCAUCAGCAGGGUGCCCCAGGGGAAGAAGAUGGUGGAGGAGGUGGAUCGAGCCAUCGGUGCCUGUGCAGAGUUGCAUGACCUGAAGGAAGAGCUCCUCAAAAACCAGAGGAAGCUGGAAGGUUUCAGGCCAGAGAGGCUGGAGCAGGAAUGUGGUAGUCAGCAUUCUGUCCAACAGAGGGCGCUGUGGAGCCUGGAGCUGUACUUCUAUCUGAUCCUAUUUAACUACUAUCUGCAUGAGCAGUACCCCCUGGCCUUUGCCCUCAGUUUCAGUCGAUGGCUGUGUACGCAUCCUGAGCUGUACCGUCUGCCGGUGGUGCUGAAUUCAGUGGGGCCCUUGGUCCCUGGGGACCUCAUCGCCAAGGGCUCCCUGGAAGCAGAUGAUCUUGUUUCCCUGGAUGCGCUCAGCACCGUCAGAGAAAUGGACGUAGCCAACUUCCGGCGUGUGCCUCGGAUGCCUAUCUAUGGCACCGCCCAGCCCAGCGCCAAGGCCCUAGGCAACAUCCUGGCCUACCUGUCUGAUGCCAAGAGGAAGCUACGGCAGGUGGUCUGGAUCAACCUGAGGGAGGAGGUUGUGCUGGACUGUGACGGUCACACACACAGCCUGUGGCCCCCCGGACCAACCCUGGCCCCCAAGCAGCUGGAGGAUUUGGAGGCCCAGCUGAAAGCCCACCUGAGUGCUCCUGUCCCCAACACCAAGAGCCCUACCACCCCCAGGUUCCAGAAGUGCCUGACCACACAAGAGGUCUUCAGCCAGCACCAGGGGGCCUGCCUUGGCCUUACCUACUGCCGCAUUCCUGUGCCAGACUUCUGCGCCCCUCGGGAGGAGGACUUUGACCGGCUGCUUGAGGCCCUGCAAGCUGCCCUCACGAAGGACCCAGGCACAGGCGUGGUCUUCAGCUGCCUCAGUGGCCAGGGUCGGACCACAACUGCCAUGGUGGUGGCCGUGCUGGCCUGCUGGCACAUCAGGGGCUGCCCCGAGGUGGGCGAGGAGGAGCUAGUGAGCGUGCCUGACGCCAAGUUCACCAAGGGCGAAUUUCAGGUGGUGAUGAAGGUGGUACAGCUGUUGCCGGACGGACACCUCGUGAAGAAGGAGGUGGACGCGGCGUUGGACACUGUCAGCGAGACCAUGACACCGAUGCACUACCACCUGCGGGAAGUCAUCAUAUCUACCUACCGACAGGCAAAGGCCACCAAAGAAGCACAGGAGGCUCAGAGGUUGCAGCUGAGGAGUCUGCAGUACCUGGAACGCUACAUCUACCUGAUCCUCUUUAAUGCCUACCUUCGCCUGGAGAAAGCCAGCUCCUGGCAGAGGCCUUUCAGCACCUGGAUGCGGGAGGUGGCAACCAAAGCUGGCAUCUAUGAGAUCCUCAACCAGCUGGGGUUCCCUGAGCUGGAGAGCAUGGAGGACCAGCCCCUGUCAAGACUCCGUUACCGGUGGCAAGAGCAGAGCCAAGACCCAGAGCCCUAUGAUGCUGGGGACUUCCUUUAGGCCUCCUCCUUGCUCCUUGCUAGACAGGUUGGGGGACCUGAGGGUCUCAUGGCUUCAGAUGGACACUUGCCAGCUUCCUGGUGAGACUUGAGGGGCUGAGAGCCUUUGGAAAGAGGUUUUGUUUUUUUUGUUUUUUUUUUGUAGGAUGUGUAGAUGGCGCCACCAUUUUCUGUCAACCCUCUGGGUGUGUAAUGGCCUCUGGCAAGGCCCAGUGCCUGUACCUCACAGAUCAGCUGGCAAACAGCAAACAGCUUUCAGGGAGCUCGCUCCCCAAACAGUCAGUCACCACCUCCGUCCCCUUUUCACUGCCUGCGUUGGCAGCGGGCUGGUCGUGUUUGUAUGUUCACUUCCUUCCUCCAGCUGGCUUGCUCUUUCCUCUCAGUCUUUCAGCCCAAGCAGCUGCCUGAGGUAGGUGAGGAGGAUGGUGAGCCGGUCAGGUCCAUGUUAAAGGCAGCUCUGCUUGGUUUCUUCUGGUUAGUGAGUGUCGCCGGCCUGGAAGACUUUCCCCAGUUCCUUCACCUAGGCUGGCAGAUGUGUCCAGGGAGUUAGAAACCAGGGAGACGAUCUCAGUGUGGGGAAAGAACUCACAGACACCAUUGAGGCAGUGAAGAGGCGUGAUCAUGUGUUGGAAGCCUGUUAGCAGAAUCAAGGUGACUCCUGGAAGAGAUUCUCGUGGAUUCAGGCCUUGGUGGCUCGUCAGGCCUUAGGGUCCAGGCCACCCCUGCCAGGAUCCCUGGGCUUCUUUCACUGGGACACUUGGGACACUGCUGAGUUACUAAUAGCUUUGUUUACACAGAGGGGCAUAGAGAAGCUAUGUUUGGUGAGCCUCUGGGACUGAAGGUUGCCACGACUAGUGGUUGGACACCCGGGAGGCUACCUACCUGUCUUACUCCCUGAAGGACAGGGUUGAAUCUCUGGGUUCCAGUCCUUUAGGGAGAUGGAGUACCUGUCUGUCAGCUGCUGGCUGUGCUUUUUGAAGAGGCCAAAGUUGUUUCCAGCCUCUCAGCUGAAUUCUUUUGCAAGCUGCUGUAUGUCUGCUCACGGCUUCUCAGGUUUGCUGGUGCCUGCUUUGUGCAAGUCAGUUCUUUUCUGAAAAGGUCUAGCCAAGGAGUCAGAGACCAGAGAGACCCUUCAUACUCUCGUGACUGACACUGACUUGGAGAUAUGCUGGGACCAGUGGCGGAUCACUUUACCCCUCUGCCUCAGUUUCCCCGUCUGUAAAAUUGGAGAAUAAUACUUGCCUACCUACCUCACAGGGGUGUUGUGAGGAAUCCUUUAUGUUUUUUGGGUUUUUUUUUUUUUUGUACAGAGCUUUUGGCAUUAAAAACAGUGUAAACAUGA